AUGAUACUCAACAACGCGUUGUUAUGUAUUCUGUAAGGGGCCAACUAUGUUCAAAGUUUACAUCAUGUUAUUAAUGACUCGAAACUUGUUGAUGAGAUAUAAGUAAAGCACUGGCCCUGAAGUUGGCAUGAAUGGUUGAAUCGUCCAUCUGAGGGCUACCUUUGUCUGCUCGCGGGAAUAAGUGAAACAUGAGUAGUUCUUGGCAGCCCAAUCCGAAUGCAAAGCCGUUUGUACCGGCGUCCGCUUUCUUCACUUUACCAAUUCCUUGCGCCAAGAUCCGCAUUCGAAAGAAAGGGAUAUUUAGCAGGAUGAUUCAGUGGAUCCUGGUGAUAGUGUUAUGUGUGACUGUGAUUAUAAAUUUUAUUUUUAUUUGGGAUACCACGAAGAAGUAUACCAGGGAUAGAACUCUACUCAAUUCAAACACAGCUGAUGAAGGAGUUGGAAUUUCGAACCAUAACGAAAACAUAGGUUCUAUAGCUGAGGGCCGAAGGAUCACUAUAGAAGUCCAGUCGAGCAAAGAUGUAGCCUCUAUCACUGUGGAUGGAACCAAGGUGUUAGAGGCUACAGAUGAACAAAAGAGGGGAAUAAGUGUUGCAGUUCUAAACCAGAUGACAGGUGCUGUCAUGGCAACAAGGUCGUUUGAUACUUUUGCUUCUAAAGAGGACUCAGAUGCCUUGGUGCUGUUCAUCAACAUGGUGUCUGAUGGUAGAAUUAUCUGCUUUACAAUACGAGAUGAAGGGACGUACCAACUGAAGAAGACAGCACGGAACUUGAUGAGUACACUUGGAAGUGAAAACUUUAAGAACCUGAACUUCAGAGACAUGUGGGCCUUUGUGGUGCAUAAACGAGGCUCUGUCAGUGCAGAGGGGCAUAGAAAGGCCACCAAUUUUGACACCUGGGGAGAGCCCCUAACAAUUCAGGCCCUAGUGACACUGCAGUCACAGGACAGUGCUUCUUGUUCAUGGGAAGAAAGUGAUGUCACCAAAAGGAGAAGAGAAUUCUGUGAGAAGUUUGAAGGAUAUGGCAGUGUGUGUAGUUGCUCAAACCCUGCCCCACUUGACAUCAAAAGUGAUCCUUUACCAAACAGAGAGAAAAUGACUCUUCCAAUUGCAAUCAUUGCUAGCAACAGACCAAACUACUUGUACCGGAUGAUCCGGUCUGUCCUCUCUGCUCAGGGGGCAGAUCCUAGCAAAGUUACUGUCUUCAUUGAUGGAUACUUUGAAGAGCCUUUGGCUGUUGCAAGAUUAUUUGGUGUCCGAGGAAUCCAGCAUACCCCUGUCAGUAGCAAGAAUGCAAGAAUAUCUCAGCAUUACAAAGCAAGUUUGACGACCACCUUUAACCUGUACCCAGAAGCUAAGUUCAUGAUUAUUCUAGAGGAAGAUCUAGAUGUGUCAACAGAUAUCUUCUGGUAUUUUUACCAGUUGUUACCGUUGUUAGAACAGGACGAGAGUUUAUAUUGUAUAUCGGCGUGGAAUGAUCAGGGAUAUGAACACACUGUUGGUGAUUCGUCCCUUUUGUAUCGAAUAGAAACUAUGCCUGGACUUGGUUGGGUGCUAAAACGAAAGUUAUACAAGGAAGAACUUGAACCAAAGUGGCCAACACCAGACAAGUUCUGGGACUGGGACAUGUGGAUGAGGCUCCCUGAGAUCAGACUGGACAGAGAGUGUAUAAUUCCUGAUAUUUCCCGCACAUAUCACUUUGGAUCGAAAGGCCUUAACAUGCACCCCUAUUUUCAAGAAAUGUAUUUUAAAAAGCAUGCUCUGAACACCGAGUCAAAUGUCAAGUUUAACGUGGAAAAAAUGACGAAAGAGAAUUACGAGAUAGAGAUCGAGAGAUUAAUUAGCUCCUCAAGUACCCUCGAUCAUUCCAAGAACCCUUGCACAAGCGAGGAGUUCGUUCCGGAAGAGAAGGACAAAAACUUUAUAUUUUACAUUAAAAUGGACCACCCCACGGACUGGAUCACUUGGAGCGCUCUAGCAAAAUGUCUCAAGAUAUGGGACUUGGAUGUGAGAGGUUUUCAUAAGAGUAUGUGGCGGUUAUGGAUCAAAGGAAAUCAUGUGUUGAUUGUGGGAUGUCCUGCCUCACCGUAUUGUCAUCAUAAACCAUCUGAUGUGACUCCUAUCUUUAUACCGAAAAAGGAAAACGAGCAGUCGUAGUAUUGGUAUAGCGGUUUUCGAAUGUCGGGAGUCCUAAGUCGGUUUGUCUUCUCUGCUCUGUUAUUGGUUGAGUUCCAAGCGUCAUGCCUCUGUCGACCAAUCAGAGUGAAGAUCAGUGACUUUUCCCGCGUUCAGCGCUGGUUUUUUUAGCGUCAAGUUGUGCGCGGGUCACUGGUCUCGUGAGGCCUAAGUUUUUAUUGUAGACAGUGUUGGGGAAACCGUGCGAGAAAAUGUGGUAACUAUUGGAUUGGUAGCAUUUAUUUAAUUAUGUGUUUCUUGCUUAUGGGAAAUGAUCGGAGAGCCUCAUUGUUGUGUUUUUGAAAAUGAUCGUGAUAGUGUGUUUCAUCUGAGUUUAUUCUCUUAUCUCUAUUUUGACUACUGGGGGGUCCAAAACUCUUUAGAAUUUGGCGGGACUCAGAAUCGAGAGCUCGCUGCUAUUUCUUGCAUCCAACUUUUCCACAGAGCGUUUGUUGACCAACAUUUCAAAGACAGCGUGCCUAGAAUAAAACUUUCUUAUGAUAAAAAGUGUAUGGUGAUUUGUUUCAGUUAUCAAUCAUCAAUUUAAUUAUCACUCCUUUUGAGGUUUUAGUUUAGAUGGUUAUUAGAAAAAACUGAACGCUUAUCUUUGUACAAAUUUUCAGUAUAAU